GGGAUUUUCGCUGCGGGCUUCACUGAGCUGCGCUUGGUUGCCAGAUUGCGGUCGAGAUGUCCUACAUCCCCGGCCAGCCGGUCACCGCUGUGGUGCCAGGCAACAGAGAUGGCUGGGACCCAAGCUCCUCCUGAAGACCCUGAACCGAGGCCGGACCCCGCACAUUACCGCCGCUGCGUCGGACUCCUUCCUGCGGGAAGGACCGAGGAGAAAGUCCCCAGCUGUGGGAAUACCGGGAGAGCGCCCCCUUCCCAGGCCUGAGUCCCCAGCUGAGCAGCCGAGGGGGGCGGGCACCGGGCCCGACGUCCGUGAGUCGCAGCCUCUGGAAUGAGGAAGUGCUUCCUCCGCUGCAGCCGACGCCGCCGCCCAGAAGGAAACUUGGGGGGUGGAGAUGGCCUGAGCCUGAGUAGCAGCACAGUAUCCCUCCCAUCCAGGCUUGCUUGUUCGGACCUUCCGCCGCCCGCUCCAGAGUGAAGGCUCAUGCAGUUGGCUCGCUCCUGCUCCAAACUUUCCCCGGAUCCCUAGCCCUGGGGCAAAGUCCAGGUUCCUCGCCUGGCACUUCGGGCUAGCUCAGGGCCCUGCCUACAGCCCCCCCCCCCCCCGCCCCCCCAUUGCCUUGUCUUGGGUGCCAGAUGCUAUUAGACUAGGCAGAGGGAAGAAGGCAGGCUGGGACAUUAGACUCAGAAGCCAGUGCCAAAGCUGAAUGAAGCCUGGAGGCAAACUCCAAGGCGGAGGUGGGGAAACUGAGUCCCAGAGAGAAGUCUAGUCAUGUCCAGGCCUAAAGGAAGUCCUCAGGAAAAACCCAGAUCUCUGAGAAGAAAUGCCUGCCAGGCAGCAUUGGGUCAGAUGGAAGUCCCAGUCCUGAGGCCAUGGGACUUGCCGCAGAAUCUCAGAUGGGUGUACAGCGGAGCUCCUGCAGUCAGAAGUUGGCAGGGUGUGAAGCUGCUGAUAAAGGUGGCAUGUGAGUUUGAGCUUAGAGAACGAGCUGUGGCCUGGGAAAGUACAUUUCUGGAUCUGGGGACAGCUGUCCUAAGCUUCACCCUGGCCGCACCAACCUUGGCUUUCUAGAUCCCUAGCUGCCUCAGAGAGAAGGGGCCAGGUUUGCUUCUUAUGGAAAAAAAGGGGGUGUAGGGGAGGCACCAGAAAGGGGCCGUAACCUGCCUGACUGCCUGACUUCACCUAGUGAGUCAGUGACAGGGCCUUGUCUUCCAGCCCAAGGGCCUGUACUCCCUUCUGACCUUGAGGGUGGGUCAAUGGUGUGCAAAGUUCUGUUUUGGAGGAGGGGGAGCAAGCCUGGAGGAGCUCACACUUUUGGGCACAAGGACCUAGGUCUAGUGGGCCUAGUCAUACUUCUUGCUUCCCCUCUCUCCUAUUCUGGCAGGUCCGCAGGCCUUCCUCAAAACUGUAAGACCAUGACCUUCCAAUUCUUGGGAACACUAGGAACAUGUCUGAACAUGGUGGGGGUCUGGCCUCUCCCUCUUGUGUUUUGGAUUGGGGGAGGGGUGGAGGAGGCUUCCUUCCUGCUUCCUGCCUAUCCCACGUAGUUACCAUUUUGCGAAUGUUAAAACCAUUUUCGCUUCUCCUCUGAACUCUGGUUCCAUAGGUCCUUCUGCCUUCUGGACACUUGCCUGGGUGGCUCCUGGAACUCCAAAAUGCUUCUUCAGGGUCACCAGCUGAGAGAUGGUUGUGUUCAGCCGGGCCAGGUGGCUGCGAGUUUCCCUUGACUCCUCUCCACCAUGGGCAGUCCCCAAGUCUGUUGACCUCAUUUUCCAAGUAGUCGUGUUCCCUGGCCUCCACAUCCCACCUCUGGGAUACACCCGUUCCCCUCCUGACUACCCAAGUGGUCAUUCUAGCCUCAAACCUGACCAUGACCAACCUUACUCCUGGGAGUCCUAGUGGGCCCAGAAUCAAAAUCAGGUGUCCAGACUCCUGUCACUCCUUCAAGGCCUGCUGCAAAUGAUCCUUCCUCCGUCCAGAUCAAGUCACUUUGGUUUUUUUUCCUUCCUGUUAGAACUCAACUUUGGGUGAGGGGGAGUGGUGGGGAGGGGGCGGGGGCGGGCAGUGAUCUUGUCCCACCCCUACUAUUUGGUGAUUGAAGGGUGCCUGCUGAGGGCUUUGAAAGGAGCUUGGCAGUUUGGGGAUCACAGACCUAGAACCCUCUUCUGCCUCCUACACUGCAUGAACAGCAAGGUCUGGGGCUUAGGGAGAAACUCCUUCCUUCAGGGCCAGCCUCUUGGGCCCACACUCCGCAGCUUUUCUGAUCUGGCCCCAGCCUUAUCUCAGCACCCAGUUCCAGACCUAUGCUGUACACUCAUCUCAUGGACAUGUAUCUGUACCACUUUCAAGUCUAUGCUCUUGUCCCUUGGCCAGGACAGCCCUUCCUCUCCUUUCUGUGCAAGUUUGAACUUCUCUGCUUUUCUGGAGCAUCUCCAGUCUUGCCCUUGAUAGCGUUGGCUCAGCAAUGAGCUGCCUCAGCAAGGUACCUACAUUCCCUCCCCCCUACCCCCACAGGGCCUGACCCCUUCUGCCCUGUGUGGUCCUUCCCCUGGGACAUAGCCCCCUUCCUCUCCCCUCCCAAUCCAUAGCAGCCAUAGCAUGCUGGCUCUUGGGCCAGGAGGGACUUAAAGCGCAUGUUGACUAAGGUUGGUGCCUGAGACUAAUAGGAAGGGGAACAAGGCUCCGACAGCUUGCGUAGGUGGAUUGUUGUGGCUGAGUUCUGAGUCUCACCCCCGUCUCCCAGGCUGGUGACCAGCUGGAAUCUUGAAGAGGGCCCUGGGCCCCACCCCCUUGGCAUGGCUCUGAGCUGGCCUAGCAGGCUGAGGCUACUGCUGGACACAGAUCAGAUUUGUUGUCCACAUACCCACCUGCCUCCAACGUGUUUUUCCCUUUGCCAGCAAAGAGUUGAAAUUCACAAGCUGCGUCAAGGUGAGAAUUUAAUACUGGGCUUCAGCAUUGGAGGUGGAAUUGACCAGGAUCCCUCACAGAAUCCUUUCUCAGAAGACAAGACAGAUAAGGGCAUUUAUGUCACACGGGUAUCUGAAGGAGGCCCUGCUGAAAUUGCUGGGCUGCAGAUCGGAGACAAGAUUAUGCAGGUGAAUGGCUGGGACAUGACCAUGGUCACGCACGACCAAGCCCGGAAGCGGCUCACCAAGCGCUCGGAGGAGGUGGUGCGUCUGCUGGUGACGCGGCAGUCGCUGCAGAAGGCAGUGCAGCAGUCCAUGCUGUCCUAGCAGCCUGCUGCGGUCCCUGACUUGUGCCUGCCUGCCUGCAUUGACGCCACCACGCUCUGUUUGCCCCUCAUCUUGGCUUCUGAUGUGUGCUGGGCCCCAGCUCCGAAAGGCCAGAGCUGGUCCCAGAGGCCUGUCCCUGGCCUGACUCAGCCUUCCUUCCCCUCUCCCACCACUGGCCUGAGCUUCUGGGACCAGCUCUCUCCUGCAGACACUGAUGGAAAGUAAGGGCCUGGAGUUGAAUUGUAUUCAGUCUGUAGUGACCACAGGUUUGGCCCGCAGACUCUGCUGCUGCAUGGCCUCAGCAGUGACCAGAUGGGCAGAGGCCCCACUUCAUGAGAGCCACCACAAAGUUGGAGGAUGCCAGGUGGGGCUGGCCUUUCCCACACUCAGUCCCAACUGUAGGGCUUGGCCUUGUCCCUGUGUCUCAGCUCUGCAGUGACUGUGCCCCAUGUUUUUCCCUGCCUUCCCCAGCAGGGACUCGACACACUACCAGAGGUGCUACAGAGGUUUGCCCAUGUGGAAGCCAGGCAGGCUCACAGUUCACCCCAUUGCACCCCAUUUCCCUGAGGGGCGCUGACCUCCCCAGGGUUCACCUGCUUACGAGACUUAGACGAAAUUCAAGGCUGACAUUUCAGGGCAGUUCUGAGGAUUGCCAUCUCUAUGCCUGUGCGUUUAACUUUAUAUUUUUUUAAUCACAACUUUGAUACAAAAGCAUUUUUAUCUUACUGUUUGGAGGUGCCAAUUCUACUUCUGAAUUUAGCUUACUAAUUCACAUCUGGGAACAAGCAUUGCUCUGGUUCCUGUGGAAAUGGGGCAGUAUGAAGCUGCCCAUACCUGACAUCUUGUGCCCAAAUAAAGUGCUGGAAUUCA